AUUGACUUGAGAGUUGCCGAUAGUAGCGUACUUCUCGAUGUACAGUGACUCAAAGCGGACAAGUUUGUGGCUUUGUCAGAGUUUGUUUUUUCUAACGGAAAUUCCAGGGGUUUUCACUGGCUCCAUUAAGCAAAGUUUUGUUUGGAUAUCGUGGCCAUUAUGUCAUUACUGUGCCGAGCAGUGUCAGCCAUCCAGGGAUCAGGCCAGUGUGGUGAGUUCAGGGGCUAGCUGGCCUGCUGUACCCUCCUCAAAGGGUGGCACCUACACUGGCUGCUGGGAUGCAUCGAAAGAGCAGCAGCGGCAGCAAUGGUAGUGGUGAGAUGAAGAACACCCAGGGUCUCCCACGACACCACUCCAGGCCCCACACGGGAUCUCUGUCAGCUGGAUCCACCAAGACCUGGGAUAUGGGCCGUAACUCCAAGACCCCCAACCCUCUGAGUAGCAUGGGGAUAACGUUUCGCCUGGCGGGAGACUCAGGAGUGGACCCAGAGUACGUCAUACAGCUGGUGAAUGAUGUGCGGUGGUUUGCUGAUGUACUGCUCAACCUCAAGGAGGCUUUCCAGUGUAAAGAGAGUCAGGAAGAUCUCCAGCAGGUGGUCCAGGAACGUUUGGCAGAGUUGCUCCGAGUCCUCAAGGCUGUCAUCGGCAAACAUCAGACCCUCAACUCGGUGGACAUCCUAGGAACGGCUGGCACUGUCAUCGCCAAGGUCAAAGGCGUUAACUUCAAGGAAGUGAACCCAGAAAACAAAAAAGCUAUAUUUGGCGAGAUACACACAUCUAUUGACACUUUGGCAUUCACAUUCGGCAAUGUAGUUUCUGACUUCCUUAUGGGAGAUGUGGACAGCGGCUCAGGGUUGGGGUACCCCCAGACCAGGAGAAGCAGGUCUUUUGACAAUCUCUCCGUGGAUCCUGAGGGAUAUGUUUCAGAGAAAAAUGACCUUGUGGGCCCAGGGGUGUCGUUAUCACGGGAGGAAGAAGUUGACUUGACCUUGCUGAAGAAUGACAGCGGGGUGGAGUCUGCGCUACUCUAUGCCAAGGCCUGGUCCAAGUACAUCAAAGACCUUCUUGCCUGGAUGGACAAAAGACUGGCUAUGGAUGUUGAGUAUGCUAAAAGUUAUGCCAAAAUGGCUGAGUCUGCAAAGACACUGGCAAGUCAACAGGACUACAUGCCAUUCAGUGAUAUCUACAUUUCCACAUUCAAGAAAGACAUUGAAUACAACCAGCUGCUUCUACAAACUGCAAUGGCUCUCCAGACCAAUAAAUUCAUACAGCCUCUUCUGACCCGCAAGAAUGAACUGGACAAGCUGAGGAAAGACAUCAAGGAACAGUGGCAGAGGGAGCAAAAGAAAAUGCAAGAGGCAGACGCAAGCUUACGUAAGGCACGAGCGCUGAAGGCCCAGAGGAGAGAGGAGUACCAGAAAGCCCACUCAUCUACCAACCGCUCCCAGGAGGAGCAGUCUAAUGCUGGCAACAAACAGCUGGAGAAGAAGAGGAGGCUGGAAGAGGAGGCACUGCAGAAGGCGGAAGAGGCCCAGGACCACUACCAAAGCUGUUUGGCUGACGCAGGCGUCAGGAGGAUGGAUCUGGCCAACGCUAAGAGCACCAUCCUCACACAAAUCAGAGAGAUGGUCUUCCAGUGUGACCUCACACUCAAAGCGGUGACAGUGAACUGGUUUCAGAUGCAGCAGACAGAGACUGUGACGCUCCCUGCCCACUACCAGGCCCUAAGUGAGAGUGCCAAGUUGUACAUACCGGGCGAAUGCUAUUCUGAGUUUGUCCGGAACCUGCCCAGAAACCUGCCUAAAGAGCGCGUUCACUCAGACUCCAUCUCCUCUGACAAUACCAGGUUUGUCAGCAAAAGGUCAGUUGGCAGCACUCAUUCCUCCCACGGCAACCUGUCCCAGGCAUCCAUCACCUCCUGCGACAUCCUGAGUGGAGACGAGGCGGACGGUCCUCUACACCGGCCUGCAAAGAUCAGUGAGCGGAGGUCCAACAGCAGCACAGACAUACAAGUGAGAAGCCAGGCCCCGCUGAGAGCCUGGGCCUCCAGUAGUCAGGGUGGGAUGUGCAGUGACUCGGAGAGCGCCGGAGGCAGCAGCGAGUCGAGGUCCAUGGACUCCCCCACAGCCAGUCCAGGUGACUUCAAACGACGUCUGCCCAGAACUCCCUCCACUGGAACUAUGUCUUCUGCUGAUGACCUGGAUGAAAGGGAGCCGCCGUCGCCCUCAGACAAUGGUCUGGCUGAGAUGGUAACAGAGACGGCCAGUUCUCCCGGUCCCUUCCGCAAUGCUCAGAUGUCCAAAGCUGCUCAAACCCACAAGCUGAGAAAAAUGCGAGCCCCAUCUAAAUGUAGGGAGUGUGACAGUCUGGUCGUUUUCCAUGGCGCUGAGUGUGAGGAGUGUUCCCUGGCCUGCCAUAAGAAGUGUCUAGAGACGCUCGCCAUCCAGUGUGGCCAUAAAAAGUUGCAGGGCAGACUACAACUCUUCGGUAUCGACUUUGCCCAAGCAGCAAAGAACAGCCCAGACGGAAUCCCCUUCAUCAUCAAGAAGUGCACUUCUGAGAUUGAAAGUCGAGCCCUCAACAUCAAGGGCAUUUACCGUGUGAAUGGUGCCAAAUCGCGUGUUGAGAAGCUCUGUCAGGCUUUUGAAAAUGGGAAGGACUUGGUGGAGCUAUCUGACCUCUCACCUCACGACAUCAGUAAUGUCCUCAAGCUCUACCUGAGACAGUUACCUGAGCCAUUGAUCCUGUACCGAUACUACAAUGACAUCAUCGGCUUGGCUAAAGAGUGCCAGAGAGUGAUAGUGGAGGAGGCCGAUAGAGCGCAGAGCACCCAGACCGGAGAGAAAGGUGGUCCGAGCGUCCAGCUUAACCGCGUCAUUUUCAAGAUCAGAGACCUGCUCCGCCAGCUGCCUAUAACCAACUACAGCACUCUGCGUUACCUUAUUGCACAUUUAAACAGAGUGACAGAGCAGGCAGAAGAGAACAAGAUGACUGCGAGUAACCUGGGCAUUAUCUUUGGCCCCACGCUGGUGAAGCCACGGCAGACAGAUGCCGAGGUGUCCCUGUCCUCCCUGGUGGACUACCCCUACCAGGCCCUGAUGGUGGAGUUGCUGGUGCGACACUUCCAAGUCAUCUUUGAUAUGUCGCCCCUGUCCUGCUCUGACAUCGCCACCACUGAUCAGUCGUCCCCCAGACUCACUCCCCAGGAGAAGCUGCAGCGGCUCAGCAGACACUCCGCCUCCCUGAUGGACAUCAAAGAGAGUGCCAAAGUGUACAAGCGAUACUCAUCAGUCAUCCCAUCCUCACACAUCUUGGAUGAGGUUCAGGAGGUCCAGCCAGGAACAGACAGAACGGAGAUCUCAGCCGUGGACGGACUCAAUGGGAUCCCGACAUCUACUCGAGAGGAAGUCCAGAGAUCAACCUUAGUGUUUGGCCGUCCCAGCACCACCGUCCCAUCCACCACCACCACCACCACCACCAUGGCACCAAAGGUCCAGCUACGAACCCAGCGCACUAGACAUGUGUCUCGGCCGAUCAGCAUGCCACUGGAACGCCUGCCCGCUCCCGUCCAGAUCAGCGAGAGGAACAACCGAAACACUGCUGCCAACACUGACGCAAGCUCAGCUGAGCGGGACCCUGUCGCUGAAACUAUACAGGAGAUACCAGAGCCAGAAAAGGCUCGGCACAGUGGCUCUUCCAGAGUUAGCACCUACUACAUCACACCCUUCAUUGACACACAGGCAAUGCAGAGGAGAACAUGGGACAGGAAGUACAAGCACUAUGAUGUUACACCCAGGACUGCUAUGAUAGUGGCCAACCUGCCACCUGCCAGCUCUGGAGUGCAACCGGUAAAGGCAACGAUGCCUAUCACCGUUGGCCCAGCAGUGACCACUGCCUCUCUGGUCGCUACCACAAGUAGUGUUAGCACCAUAUUCCCCAACAACCCCUACACAGUGUCAGUCAAGCCUGUCUGGACGUCUAAAAGGGAAAAUGACACAAAUCAUUCAGUCAGUGAGUCUAGCAGCUCACCAAACCUUCCGCUAACGCUCAGGGCACCAAGGACUCUGCAGCCUCCUCCUGGGACUUUCUACAAGCCCCCUGUUUCCCUAAACAGCAGAGCUAGGACGCUUCCGAACUGGACUACUACUGUCACCACCAUCACCACCACCACCACCACCACCACCCCCUCACUCACUCACACCAACCCCGUCCAGGUAGUCACCCCGUCCCCUGCCCUUACCAGCCCCCCACAGACACGGCUCCAGACACAGGACUCCACAGACAGUGCCAUUGACCCCGGGGUCUCGACCUCCUCUACCCUUUCGCCCCCCCAGUCCCCACCCCCGAGCAGCCCCGAUGACCUCAGCCCCAGUGAGACAAAACCCGUCUACCAAAGACUGCGACCUCGGCGGCUGCAGGAGCUCGAACACAGAGAGGCUCAUUUUGUCUGAUGCCAAAAAAAAACAUAUUAUAUCUGUAAAUAUUAAUGUAUCCGUGCCAUUGUGUAUACUGGGAAAAACAUUCUUUAUCAAACAGGCUGAGACUGGGAGCAAAUGUAGGCCUGUGAAAAUAAACCAUGAAAGUGUUAUAAGUACUAAUAUAUUAUAUUUUACGUCAUAGUGUCAGGAGUGGUUGGUAUACCAAACAUUCAGAAAAAGUGAAGUGUGAUGACAACAUCGAAUGGAUUGAUGUCAUGUUUUUAAAUAACAAAUUCAUGAAUUACUAUUUUUAUGUCAAAGAAAUUUACCAACCACAAAACUGACUUCUGUCUGUAAAGAAUUCUAAGCCUCAUUUUCCUUGUUCAUGUUGUUCAUGUUGUUCAUGUUCAAUGUUUGAUUUGUUACAAAAUUAUAUUUUAUUGUAAUCACUCAAUGCACUUAAUGCAGGUUCAAAUUCUAAUGAUGCCUUUAAUGUUAAAAUUUGCUUAAUGUUGUAUUUUGUUCCGCAAGGAAUAGAUGAAGUAAUUUUAACACAAGGUUCUUAAUUAUUAAGAAGUCAACAUUUUUACCCUUAAAUUUGUUAAUUUUAGCCUAUGAUUGGUACAUCUUUUCUCAGUAUGUAAACCAUAUGUAUCUGUUUACGUUUUUUUAUAUUCAUUCAUACAUACUGCAUGUUUGUCACAGUAAUUUUGUCUCAUCGCAUUAUUGUGACCAUACAGGAGAAAAAUGACAUGCAACAGUUCUUGCUGCAAAUUAAAAAUGUAGUUCAAACGGUUA